AUGUUUGAAGAAAUCGCCAAAGAAUGUUUAAAACAAAUUGAAUUUUAUUUCAGUGAGUUUAAUUAUCCAUUUGACAAGUUUUUACGUGGUGUUGCUGAGAAGGAUGAAGGAUGGGUGCCAUUGAGAGUGAUUAGUAAGUUUAGUCGUAUGAGCAAGUACGAUGGUGAAGCGAAUGAAGCCAAGAUUAUUGCGUUGAUCAAGAAUGAGUCGCAGAUCCUGGAAGUGUCUGACGAUGGGUUGAAGAUCCGCAGAAUCCAGCCAUUGAAUAUUGAUAAUUUGAAAGAAGAGAAGUUGAAACAAAACAAGAGAAGUUUGGUUGUUUCUGGGUUUAAACAUGAAGAUGUUACUAAGGAGAACUUCAACGAGACUUUCGACAAGAUCAGCGGGUUUUUGCAAGGGUUGAAAGAUGUGGAGAUCAACCAGUUGAGAUUGCAGAAGGGGAAGCACCAACAACGGUUCAAUGGUGUUGUUUUUGUGGAGUUUCCAAGUGAGGAAGAUAGUAAGAAGUUCUUGGAGGAUUAUGGUGGCGAAGAGCCUAGAGAGGAGAAGUUGGCGUUUGAAGGGGUUCCGUUGGAGAUUGUUAGCAAGAAGGAGUAUUAUGCCAAGCAUGGCGGGAAGCGUAACGCCAAAUCCAAGCCGCGUGUGGAAAAAGCGAAUGAGGGCGAGGGAAAAGACGGUAAGCAAGAGGAGUCUAAAUAA